GAAAGACGUUCUCUCUUUGCCGCAUCUACUGCGAGAAUGAAGACCAUUCUCAGCAAUCAGACUGUCGACAUUCCAGAAAAUGUCGACAUUACUCUGAAGGGACGCACAGUUAUUGUGAAGGGCCCCAGAGGCACCCUGCGGAGGGACUUUAAUCACAUAAAUGUAGAACUAAGUCUUCUUGGGAAGAAAAAGAAGAGGCUCCGGGUUGACAAAUGGUGGGGGAAUAGGAAGGAACUGGCCACUGUUCGCACUAUCUGUAGUCAUGUACAGAACAUGAUCAAGGGUGUUACACUGGGCUUCCGUUACAAGAUGAGGUCUGUGUAUGCUCACUUCCCCAUCAACGUUGUUAUUCAGGAGAAUGGUUCUCUUGUUGAAAUCCGAAAUUUUUUGGGUGAAAAAUACAUCCGCAGGGUUCGGAUGAGGCCAGGUGUUGCUUGUUCAGUAUCUCAAGCCCAGAAAGAUGAGUUGAUUCUUGAAGGAAAUGACAUUGAACUUGUGUCAAAUUCAGCUGCUUUGAUUCAGCAAGCCACAACAGUAAAAAACAAGGAUAUCAGAAAAUUUUUGGAUGGUAUCUAUGUUUCUGAAAAAGGAACAGUUCAGCAGGCUGAUGAAUAAGAUCUGAGUGAUCCAGUUACAGAAACCACAAGAGGCCAGGCUCAUAUGUGAUAUUUUAAAAAUGAAUAAAAGCUCUUUUGACUUGA